UGAUUCCAUGUCACUUUCAGCUGUCAGUACAAACACUUCCUUUAGAAAUGUUUGCAUUUUCCUCAAUAGUUUCCCGAAAAUUGCCGUUGAAAUGGAAAACUAUAAAAUCACAGGGAGAGCUGGCGAAGGAGCUCAUGGCUGUGUCUUCCAAGGGAUGGAGCUCGCCUCCAGCAAAGUGGUCGCGCUGAAGAAAAUCAACAUCAACGUUGACCUGGGCAUACCGAAAAAUUUAAUGAGGGAAAUUUGUUCUUUGAGGGCUUUGAAGCAUAAAAACAUUGUAAAGAUUUUCGAUGUAACAAGCAUGGGCAGUUCUGUGGUAUUGGUAAUGGAAUUUCUGCCUUGCAGUCUGCAGCAGAUUUUGAAGAACACUCAACUUAGCCUGGCGCAGAUUAAAACCUACUCAAAAAUGCUGCUCAGCGGAGUGCGAUUUAUGCACAAGAGCCACAUAAUGCAUAGGGAUAUUAAACCAGCGAAUUUAUUAAUAUCGCCCAAAGGGUGUCUAAAAAUCGGCGAUUUUGGCCUGGCAAGGCUUUUUAAUGCGGAUCCAUCCAGACAAUACUCUCAUCAAGUGGCCACGCGAUGGUACCGCGCUCCGGAGUUGCUGUAUGGUUCCAAAACUUACACGCCCGCAAUAGACAUGUGGUCUGUGGGCUGCAUCAUUGCGGAAAUGAUCAAUGGUACCCCACUGUUUCCCGGCGAAUCUGAUAUUGGACAACUUGCGAUCGUUCUGAGCACUUUGGGUACCCCGACUGAGGAAACUUGGCCAGAUUUAAAACAACUUCCGGACUACAACAAAAUUUCAUUCAUAUCCAGCUCUGGAAAGCGCUGGAGGUUGAUUUUGCCCACCGCUGAUCACGCCACCCUGGACCUGAUGAGGCAGAUUUUGAUUUACGACGGGCAAAAGCGAUUCACUGCCCAACAGGCCCUGAGCCAUCAGUUUUUCAUCGAGGACCCAAAACCAGCCACUUUGAAAGACCUGCCGGAUCCCAAAGGGUGCUUACGAAGCGAAAGACCCAGUUACAAUCCCCAGGAAUUCGACGAAAUCAUUGAACAGAUCAAUAAAAUAUCCUAAACCCGAUAUUGAAAAAAACGCCAGAUACUUUUAAUUCCAUAUAUUUUUUUUGUAUAUAAUGUACACAGUACAAUAGUGCUAGCUAUUUAUUAAAGACCUUGUCAGUAGAUCCAUUAAAGCCUGACAUUAACUUAA